UGUAGCGGGGCCGGGCGAGCGCGCCGGGCGGCCAGACAUGGAGGUGGUGGACGAGACCGAGGCGCUGCAGCGCUUCUUUGAAGGCCAUGACAUCAACGGUGCCCUGGAACCUUCCAGCAUAGACACCAGCAUUCUGGAGGAGUACAUCAGCAAGGAGGAUGCCUCCGACCUCUGCUUCCCUGACAUCUCUGCUCCAGCCAGUGCGGCCUCCUACCCCCACGGGCAGCCAGCGAUCCCCGGCUCCAGUGGGGUCCACCACCUGAGCCCCCCUGGGGGUGGACCCUCCCCAGGGCGCCAUGGGCCCCUCCCACCCCCGAGCUACAGCGCCCCGCUCAACUGCAACAACAACAACGGCAUGGGUGCCAUGCCCAAGCCCUUCCUGGGGGGUGCAGGGCCUCCCAUCAAGGCGGAGCCCAAGGCUCCCUAUGCCCCAGGCACGCUCCCGGACUCUCCCCCAGACUCGGGCUCCGAGGCCUACUCCCCCCAGCAGGUGAAUGACCCCCAUCUCCUGCGCACCAUAACCCCUGAGACCCUCUGCCAUGUAGGAGUGCCCUCUCGCCUGGAGCACCCGCCCCCACCUCCAGCCCACCUGCCAGGCCCCCCGCCCCCGCCGCCCCCGCCUCACUACCCCAUCCUGCAGCGGGACCUGUACAUGAAGGCCGAGCCCCCGAUGCCCCCCUACGCUGCCAUGGGGCAAGGUCUGGUGCCCACCGAUCUGCACCACACCCAGCAGUCCCAGAUGUUGCACCAGCUGCUGCAGCAGCAUGGAGCAGAGCUUCCCACACACCCGUCCAAGAAGAGGAAGCACUCUGAAUCACCCCCCAAUACCCUCAAUGCCCAGAUGCUGAAUGGAAUGAUCAAACAGGAGCCUGGGACCGUGUCAGCUCUGCCCCCACACCCUGCUCGAGCCCCAUCCCCGCCCUGGCCUCCCCAGGGCCCGCUCUCCCCAGGCCCUGGCUCCUUGCCCCUCAGCAUCGCCCGGGUGCAGACGCCGCCUUGGCACCCGCCAGGUGCACCCUCACCAGGCCUCCUGCAGGACAGUGACAGCCUCAGUGGCUCCUACCUGGACCCCAACUACCAGUCCAUCAAGUGGCAGCCGCAUCAGCAGAACAAGUGGGCGACACUGUAUGAUGCCAACUGCAAGGAGCUGCCCAUGCUCACCUACCGCGUGGACGCUGACAAAGGUUUCAACUUCUCGGUGGGUGACGACGCCUUCGUGUGCCAGAAGAAGAACCACUUCCAGGUGACGGUGUACAUCGGCAUGCUGGGCGAGCCCAAGUACGUCAAGACGCCCGAAGGCCUCAAGCCCCUCGACUGCUUCUACCUGAAGCUGCACGGAGUGAAGCUGGAGGCCCUGAACCAGUCCAUCAACAUCGAGCAGUCGCAGUCGGACAGAAGCAAGCGGCCCUUCAACCCCGUCACGGUCAAUCUGCCCCCUGAGCAGGUCACGAAGGUGACUGUGGGGAGGCUGCACUUCAGCGAGACCACUGCCAACAACAUGCGCAAGAAGGGCAAGCCCAACCCUGACCAGAGGUACUUCAUGCUGGUGGUGGCCCUCCAGGCCCACGCCCAGAACCAGAACUACACGCUGGCCGCCCAGAUUUCUGAGCGCAUCAUUGUGCGGGCCUCCAAUCCCGGCCAGUUUGAGAGUGACAGCGACGUGCUGUGGCAGCGGGCGCAGGUGCCUGACACCGUCUUCCACCAUGGCCGUGUGGGCAUCAAUACCGACCGGCCGGAUGAGGCGCUGGUGGUGCACGGCAACGUCAAGGUCAUGGGCUCACUCAUGCACCCCUCAGACCUGCGGGCCAAGGAGCACGUGCAAGAGGUGGACACCACGGAACAGCUGAAGCGGAUCGCGCGCAUGCGGCUGGUGCACUACAGGUACAAGCCGGAGUUCGCCGCCAGCGCGGGCCUCGAGACCACAGCGCCAGAAACCGGUGUCAUUGCUCAGGAGGUGAAGGAAAUCCUGCCUGAGGCGGUGAAGGACACUGGAGAUGUGGUCUUCGCCAACGGGAAGACCAUAGAGAACUUCCUGGUGGUGAACAAGGAGCGCAUCUUCAUGGAGAACGUGGGUGCCGUGAAGGAGCUGUGCAAGCUGACGGACAACCUGGAGACGCGCAUUGACGAGCUGGAGCGCUGGAGCCACAAGCUGGCCAAGCUGCGGCGACUGGACAGCCUCAAGUCCACUGGCAGCUCGGGUGCCUUCAGCCAUGCCGGGAGCCAGUUCAGCCGGGCAGGCAGUGUCCCCCACAAAAAGAGGCCCCCCAAGAUGGCCAGCAAGUCAUCGUCUGUGGCCCCAGACCAGGCCUGCAUCAGCCAACGCUUCCUGCAGGGGACCAUCGUCGCCCUGGUGGUGGUCAUGGCCUUCAGCGUGGUGUCCAUGUCCACCCUGUACGUGCUAAGCCUGCGCACCGAGGAGGACGUGGUAGAGACUGAUGGCUCUCUUGCCGUGUCCACUUCCUGUCUUCUGGCCCUGCUCCGGCCCCAGCACCCUGGGCGGGGUGAGGCCAUGUGCCCAUGGUUCAGCCAGAGCUUUGGGACCACUGAGCGCCGACAGUCCCCUGGGACCACUGGGCUGCCAGGCACACAGCCCUCUCUGCUGCUGGUUACCACCAGCCUGACCAGCAUGGCCCCGGGUCCAGCCCUCCGCACCUUGGACCUGUGCUCCAGCCAGUCCUGCCCCAUCAUCUGCUGCUCCUCACCUGCCCCCAAACCCACCACCGACCCAGGUUUUGGCUCCAGCUUGCACCCCGGCCACAGUCCCAACCCCUCCACCAACCGCUCAGGCCCCAGCCAGAUGGCCCUGCUGCCGGUCACCAACAUCAGAGCCAAGUCCUGGGGCCUCUCGGCCAAUGGCAUUGAUCACUCCAAGCAUCCAAAGAGCUUGGAGCCUGUGGCCAGCCCUGCAGUCCCCUUCCCUGGGGCGCAAGGCAAAGCCAAGAACAGCCCCAGCCUUGGUCUCCAUGGCCGGGCCCGCCGAGGGGCUCCCCAGCCCAGCCUGAGCCCUGCCCAGCCCACUCGGGCCCAGGGCCAGCCAGCCUCUCUACUUGCAGAGCCAGUGCCCUCCCUGACCUCCAUCCAGGUGCUGGAGAAUUCAAUGCCCAUCACCUCCCAGUACUGCGCUCCAGGGGAUACCUGCAGGCCUGGAAACUUCACCUACCACAUCCCUGUCAGCAGUAGCACCCCACUGCACCUCAGCCUGACCCUGCAGAUGAACUCCUCGUCCCCUGUGUCUGUGGUGCUGUGCAGCCUGAUGUCAAAGGAGGAGCCGUGUGAAGAGGGGGACUCUCCACAGGGCCUCCACAACCACCAGGACACCCAGGGCACCUCCCACCAGUGGCCAGUAACCAUCCUGUCCUUCCGCGAAUUCACCUACCACUUCCGGGUGGCACUGCUGGGUCAGGCCAACUGCAGUUCAGAAGCCCUGGGCCGGCCAGCCACAGACUACUACUUCCACUUCUACCGCCUGUGUGACUGAGCUGCCCUCCCCGGGCAGCUGUACAGCAGGGCCCUGGGUCCCCAGGUGUCACCGCCACACGCACUGGAUGUCAUGGUGUUACACUGGAGCCUGCGCCCCAGCUCUCUCCACUCACUGGCGCUCUCUUGGAGAGACUGAGCUGGGCUCGGCCCUCCCCACGACUGGUGAAACUGGAAGUCCUCACACUGGAGCUGCUGUCCUGCUGGUGGCCCCUCAUCCCACGGCAGAGCUGGACAGGGACCUCCUGGGGCAGGACAGGCCCAAUUCCCACCUGUCCACUCUGGUGGUUGGAGGGCUGGCUUCAGGCACCCUGGAGGCAAGGGGAAGCCUGUGACUGUACAAGCCCCCUCCCCGCCUCCCCUUCGAGACUGGAAGCACCCCUCAUUUGGAGUGGACCUUUGAAAUCAACAGGGGUCUUGGAUUGAGCCCUAAGAGACUUGGCUCAGACCCCAGUGAGUGGAGGGCAGAUGCCCCCAUCCUUGAAGCUGCUCCCCAGAGUGGGUUGGGAAGCAAGGUAGUGGACUUUUUUAGGGUUUGACUGUUACGCUGACUUGGACUUCUAAGCUUUAAGCAAGGCCCAGGAGGUCCCUUUCCCCUGGGAGAGCGGAGUUCCCAUGAGCCCCUGGGGUAGCAGAAGCCAGCCCUAGGUGAGUUGGAGAAACUGACCAUGUGCCUGUGAGUUGGAGAGACUGAUCAUGUAACCGGAUACCUAGUGCCUGGCUGAACCAGGGGGGCCAGCGGGCCAGGUAAGCCUUGCGCUCUUGAACCUGGAGUCCCCUGGGAAGGAAGGUCCCUGUAAGCCCCAGACGGUGUCGCAGCCCUAUGGCCUAGGUUUGUGGAAGCUUCCAGAAUGUGUGUGGUAUAGGGGACCCAUCAUUUUCUGAGCAGAGGAGCAGGAAUCCCUGCAAGGCAGGCUGGUCUUGUUUGGUGGGUGGAUGCAGAGCUUCUGCCAUUAGUAGCGGAGUGAUGACUAAAAUGCACUUGAACCUGGGCAGGAGUGGCAGGAUGGAAGCCAGAGUGGGCCUGCUGGUGGUCACUCGCCAGGACAAGGCCCUGACGGCUCUGUCCCAGGGAGCCUGGAGACGCGCCUCCCAACCCCGAGCAGGACUCUGGCGUCCCCCUCCACUCUUGUCUGCUAGUGGCCUUGUCUCCCCAAAUCAGAAGCUUGGAGAGCUAGAGAGACCCCUCUGCUCACUCCUCCUGGGAGGGGGCCAGCAGGCUUGGGUUAGGGAUAAAGGCUUACGUCAAGUGGCACUGUGAACCUUUCUUAGUGGCUGUCUGGAGCAAUCUGAAGCCACAUCCCGACCCGCGGAAGGAUUGCCCAAAUCAUGGAGUACGGCUGCUGUGGGUUUGAAGAGGGGUGGGAACUGCCGACCCUGGGUGUUGUUCUGCCCUUUUGGGGGAGCCAGGCCUUGCCCUCCUACCUCUCAUUCUCCACUUUGAACGGGAGGCUUUUCUGUGGAGGAGCUGACUCUCAAAGAAGCCUAGGAACUGCGGGUCCCCUCUGCGCUGGCUCUCAAAGCACUUAUCCUCAGGACGGGCAACACCAGCGAGCCCCACGCCCCGCCGUCCGCGGUGCGCCUCCACGCCCUCAUUCUGACAUAGGAAUUACAUGGCCUUCCACACCAUGCAGGGGGCCACGCCUUAUGACUACUGUCCACCCUUCUCCCACUGGGGAGACCCUCCCUAGGCCUUAAAACAGCCUUUUCCCAGCCCCUGUGAUAGGGAUCCUGGGGCUUCCUCAGUGGGGAGCAUGUCCGUGGACUGUGGCCCCCUCAGUCCUUUACUGGAAAGUGGCCCUCCCCCUCCCCUGGAGCCCACGUGGACAUAGCAGAGCCCCAAUCUAGUGAGCACUGGAUGUCUCCAUGCCUGGGGAGGGUCCUCAGGGCAGGGGUGGGGGCCAAGCUGGGGCUCCAAGCUGCUCUAAGGGGGUCAACCUCGGACCAAAGUUGCCUUAAGCCCAGUAAAUUCAAAGGGCUUCCAGGAAGGUGAGUGGUCACCUGCUGGAGGCCGACAGUGGCCUGGCGCUGGUGAGUGGGUGUCUUGGCCCCAACCCCCACCCGGGGUCCAGCAGCCUGUCCCUUACUCCACGUACUCCCAUAGCCACUGGGCUAAUCUCCCCCAAGCUUCAAGCUGUACAUAGGGCCUCUAGAUGCCCAGGUCCCCCUGCCCACAUUAUGUCCCCCUAAAAGCCGGCAUGUGCCUAGAGCUCCCCCUCGCUCCCAGUUAACUCCCAGCCCCCCGCCCCCCGUCCCUGAGCAGUGACUCAUAUUUAUCACGUACCCACUCUGACGCCGAGGCGGGCAGAGGCUUGCUUCCUGUCUGCUGAACUGUUCUUUUCUUCUGAAAUAUACAUAUAUAAAUAAAUGUAUAAAUACUGCUUUGUAUCUGGGUCUGCUUCCCCAUCUGU